AUGGGGCUGGAGGGGUCUGCUCUCCCCUUCAUGAGCACCCUGACCCCAAAGGACUCGAGGCUGCUGUGUCCCUCUGCAGGGGAGGACUCCAUUAGCACCUUGGGCCUGAUCCUCAGCGUGGGGCUGUCACUGCUGCUCGUGUCCAUUCUCGGCUACAGCCUGGCCAAGUGGUACCAGCGUGGGUACUGCUGGGAGGGGCCUAAUUUUGUCUUCAACUUGUACCAAAUCCGGACCCUGAAGGAUCUGGAAGUGGGGCCACCCUUCACCAUCAGUGGCCAUAUCAGCAGUCCAGAUGGCGGCUACAUGAAGUUCUCCAACGGGCUAGUCUGACGGGGGCAGCACCUGGCUUCUAGAGCCUGGGAGAGGAACAGACUCCUGGCUUAGCUCCUGACCAUCCUGGGCUCUCCUGGGCUGCUCUCCCUCUUCUGGGUCCUCAAGACCUGGCCUGGCCUCUGAAGGUGGAGGAUGAGGAGUCUUCUUUGGAUACUUCACUAGCCUGUGACCUGAGAGUCCUGGGGAGAGUCAGGCCUCUGGGGAGGGACUGGCCAGGUGGCAGCAGCCUUCUCACAGGAACCAGCGAGGAGGCGGCCACCCCAGGGAGAAGGACUGGACUCCAGGAGGCCCUGAGCCUGCAGGAGUUGCUGAGGCGUCCUGAGGAGCCAAGCCACACCCUACAGUGUGGGAGGAGCCCCCAGACUCCAGAGGGAGCACCUCAGGUGGCGGGUCCCAUCACUUUCUCUUAUAGGGUUGACACCAGGGGCUGGAAAGACAGUCAUAUCUUCACUGGGCAAAGUUCUAUGGAAAUAGAGGUGGGACUCCAGACAGGGUUUUUUACCUUCCCAUCAGAGGACAACUUCUCUGAAGACGGAGUUCAGCCUUUACUCUGCCCUGCCUCCCUCUAUGCUUCGUUCUGGCACUUUCCAUUCUUUCCCUGGAAUUGCUGCCCUCUACCCGGCUCUACUCCCUGCCCUGGGCCCGCUCUCCCUCCAUGACAGGCCUCAGUGCCUCCCGAAUGUGGUUAGCUCUCAAUUUUGAUUGGUAGUUCUGAGAAUAGACUAGAAAUGUCCCAGUAGCCUGGGCUCCUGCGCCAGGGUGGGCAUGGGGCACAGGGGACAGUAUCUCCCAGUGCCCUGGGUUUCCUGAACCAAGUAGGCCCUGGGAAGCAGAAAGUGGUAGAGUGGUGGAGUGGAGAAAGCAGAAAGAGGAACCCAGGCGAGGCUGAGGGAAGCAGAUAAGAACAAGAGAAAGGAAGAAACAGCUGUCACCCGAGGACAGCAGGACAAUGUGCCUUGCCAGUCAUAACUCCUUCCUGUAGAGGGACCUACUGGGGCCAGAGGCGGAGCUGGCCCUGGGGUGUUGACCUAGUCGGUCCUUGAUGAUGCUGUUGUUCUAUCCAGAGGGGGUGAGUCCCCAGGCAGCUGUGGAUGGAGCAGGACGUGAGAGGGGAUCCUCACAUCAGCAGCGGUGGCUGUUGAAACCUGCUGACACAACUACAGCCCUGGCUUCUCUGCCAUUGUCCAGCACCAAGGCCACUAGGAGCCCCAGGCAGCUGACUGGGAGGGGGAGAGGGGUCAUGUGAUUUAUCUUCCUAUCUUUCUUUUCCUGAGGCCUUGUUUCUUUCUGGUUUUGGGAUCUAGCAGAGCAGAAGGAAGGAGAGUGGCCUUGCCAACCCCUCCCCCCUCAUUUCCUGUCAGGGGAUUCCUGCGUCAUCCUCCACGUAACCAAGCCUUGACUUCAUAAACACAGUCUUUUUGGAAGACUUUACUGGGUCUUCUACCUCUGACUAGGUGGGAGUGGAGAAGAGCCCUUAAUGGCUUUGGAUUCCCUCUCUUCCUUGAAGGUCUCUUGGGAGAAAUGGAGAAAAGGAGACGGAUUGACUUUGGCUUCCUUCUUCCUUGGAUCUCAGCUCUGAGAACUAGACCCACAGGUCCCCCUACCCACUUUAGUACCAGACAUUGAACCCAAGGAUGCUUAACCACUUAGCCAUGUCCCCAGUUCUUUCUGUAUUUUAUUUAGAGACAGGGUCUCACUUACUUGCUGAGGCUGGCUUUGAACUUGCAAUCCUCCUGCCUCAGCUUCCCAAGCUGCUGGGAUCACAGGCAUGCGCCACGGCACCUGGUUUAGACCCACAGUUUAACCUAUAGGGUGUCCAUUCCUGGUGACGCUUUCAAUCAUGCCCUUCUCAGUGUAAAUCCGGGGUCUGCAGUCCCUGCAGGGCUGCUCAAGGGUCCCUGAAAGUGCUCUGGACCCACCAGCUUCAAGGACACUUGAAAGGAGGUUGGGGCUCAACCCAGUGGUCCUGGUCCCAGGCCUGGUGGCUUCAGGAGAGGAUGCAGGAACAGCUGCUGAGGACUGGGAGAAUGGAGGGUAUUUCCCAUCCUUGGGAGCGGAACUGAGAGUGGGCUGCUUCCUCUUUUGGGGCCUUCUGACGUGCUCCUUGUCCCCUCUCCUCCCCCAUCAUUUUCCUUACUUCCGCAGGCCCAGCAGAGCUUUCUUGGCCCCCCCUGGCCCCACCCUAGGACUCCACAUGUUUCUGUUGAGGACUCUGAAGGGCCAGAUUCCCACUUGCUCAUAAAUAAGAGAGGAGAACUUCCUAGAAAUCAAGGCUACAGGUCUGUGGGCUGGGCCCUGGCUGGGCGCCCAGCCCUUGCUGUGCCAGGGCCUCUGCUGCACCAUCUCCCUCCCUCUUCAUUCCUUCAGGCCAUAGCAGAUGAGUCGAGACGCAACCUUGGGAGCCUGCGGUACUGUGGGCUGCCCACUCCCAGGUCCUCUCCUGGUCAGGGCUGUUCCCCAGCCCGGAGUGCCCUCUUAUCCCCCACCCGCCCCUGCAUAGUGUGGCUCAAGUCCCAUUUUUCCUGCAACUCUUCUUAGGACUCGAGACUCAGAUACCACCCCUUUUGAUCCUGGUUGUAGAGGGCCGUGUUUGCUCCAUUUGUCUUGUUCCCCAACCAAGCUGAGCCCUUUGCGGGCAAGGUUAGGUCCUAUAGGUCUCUAGGGGCCCCUAAAACUGAAGCACAUAGAGGUGCUCGAUAAGUGCUUGUGGAGUAAAGAGGAAACAGCGAAUAUAACCUUGAAAAUCGGCCUUGUCCUAGAAGAGGGAACUUUUUUUCCCACUUGUUAUUGCAUUUUGGACAUUGUGGCAACCCUGUGACACAGGAAUUAUGAUUGGUCCCACUUUACAUAUGGGAGCUGAAAGGUUCCAAGAGGUAGCAUGCUUUGCCUAAAGCUCCACAGCUGCUCACUACUGUCUGCACUGGAGCCUGAGCAGAGUCUGUGGCCUCCUGGAUGCAGCCUGGCCUCCGGGCUUAGUGAGGUAAGGAUGGAGCUCUGGAGAAUAGAGUCUGAUUCUGACAUUGCCCUGCCAUGCUAUGUGUCCCUGGGUUAGUCACUCCACCUCUCUGGUCAUCUAUUUCAGCAUCAGGAAAUCAAAAGACUGGACUAUUUCUUCAAGGAUCCUCCUGGCUCUUACCUUGUCUUGCUUUUUAAAAAUUCUCUGUAUGCAUGUUUAGCAUAAGUGCUGUCACACAGUGGGUGCUCAAUAAACAAAAGAUGCAAGCACAAA